AUGGGAUGGUUCACCAAGGACGCAGCCGCGCACGAGUACCAACCGAACAACAGAAGCGCCAGAAAGCUGUGCUGGGAGGCCCGAGACGACUACUUCGCGUGUCUGAACUCCAUACACGUCGUCAACGCACUCGAGCCGCAACACCAGCAGCAGAUCGAGAAGGCCUGCUCCAACCAGGACAGAAACUUCAACGAGAACUGCGCUGCCAGCUGGAUCAAGUAUUUCAAGGAGAAGCGCGUUGUCGACCACAGGAAGGAACAGUUUAUGAAGGACGUAGAAAGGGAGAACGCCCAGAUUAUCGAGCUGACCCCGGAUCAAAUGGUACGAAAGUGA